AUGCCUCGCGUUGGUCAAACGCGCGCAGUCGUUAUCAUGGGAGAAGCGUCGGAAUCAGACGACGAUGACGUCGCAGAUCAAGCUCAGAUUCCUCCAAAAAAUGCCAACGAUUUGAAUUCUGCGAGUAAAGAAGUGGUAUCCUCGUCUUCGCGAAAGCCAGAAGCAUCCGUUGAUCAUGUUGAGGCAAAAUCUCAUGGUGCAGGUGAAGAGAAGCAAAAAGCGAGUGGUGUGCGGGAUGAGAAGAGGCGUUCCUUUGUUCCGAACAAGUAUGCAGAUAGCAAACCAAAGUACAACUCACUCCUUCACAAGAAGCUUCGAGAUAAAUGCUUGCAAGUCAAGAAAGACGUUGUGAGUUUGGCCUCGGCGCCGUUUCUGAACGCGCAGAAAACGUUGGCCGAGGUGAACCAGGAUGUGAUGAAAGACCAGUUGAUAGUGCAAGAUGCCGCGGCAGUGUUGCGCACAGUGUCUGAUCGUUUGUACCAGCUCAGUGAGUUGACGAACGCGAUUCCUCCGCUGCGAUACGUCGGCAUCCCUGCUGAUGCUGGGGGUCCUUCAAUGAGGACCGAAUUCAAACGUUCUCGAAAUAUUGAAAUCGUUGGAAAAAUAGAAAACGUUCAUAGCCUAUCGUCAAAAGAUACGAACAACUCGCACACAGAUGGAAAUGGCGAUUCGAAUGGCAGCGAUGAAAAGGAAAAGCCUAAAGACGAGAAGCCGUCUAAGGAGGAAAAGCCGCCGAAAGCGAAGAGUUCUGGCGGAUCCGGGAAAGUCGUUUUCGGCAGCCCCACGUACUUGAUGUACUGCGGAAUUGGUGGUAUUCUCAGUUGUGGCAUAACCCACACGAUGGUCGUGCCUUUGGAUCUCGUCAAGUGUCGCCUUCAAGUGGAUUCCGAGAAGUACAAGAACAUUUUCCACGGUUUCCGUGUGACGGUGCAGGAAGAAGGUUACGUAGGACUUUCUCGCGGUUGGCUUCCGACGUUGAUCGGAUACUCUGUUCAGGGACUCGGGAAGUUUGGUUUUUACGAAUAUUUCAAAAUCAAAUACGGAGAAUUGGUGGGUGAAGAAAUUGCUUUCCUGUACAGAACAUCAAUUUAUCUGGCUGCUUCUGCAUCUGCCGAAUUCAUCGCCGACAUCGGAUUAUCUCCGUUCGAAGCCAUGAAGGUACGCAUUCAAACGUCUCCUGGUUUCACGUCGUCCAUGAUGGAAUGCGCGUCGAUCAUAUCCAAGGAUGAAGGAAUGGGAGGAUUUUACAAGGCGUUGGUUCCUCUUUGGGGUCGCCAGAUCCCUUAUACCAUGAUGAAGUUUGCUUGUUUUGAGCGAACCCUGGAAGCCCUGUACAAGUACGUGGUUCCGAAGCCUCGAGAAGAAUGUUCGAAAUCUGAGCAGUUGGCCGUCACAUUCACUGCGGGUUACAUCGCUGGGGUGUUUUGUGCCAUCGUUUCGCAUCCAGCUGACACCGUUGUUUCCAAGCUGAACAAGGAGAAGGGAGCCAGUGCCAUGGACAUUGCCAAGCGUCUGGGCUGGGCAGGAAUGUGGAAUGGCUUGGGCCCCAGGAUUUUCAUGAUUGGCACUCUGACUGCCCUUCAGUGGUUCAUUUACGAUGCUGUGAAAGUCACCUUGGACAUUCCUCGCCCCCCGCCUCCGGCUAUGCCGGAGUCCCUUAAGAAGAAACUGGGUGGCGACAGCUGAGCAGUGUUUUAAGUUGUGUUCGUAUUGUUGCGCCGCAUCGUGUGAUUCUGGUGAAAAUUAUGCAAAUUAUUAUUCGCGCUUGAAGCAUACAUUUUCUGCUAAUGAGAAAAUUAAAUGCAGCACGAUUUAAAAAAAAAACGGAAA